UUCCUCCUGCUAAAAACUCUCUCUGAGAGCAGACAGGAGCUGUGGGGAUUACUUUCACCUGAACUUUCAUCAUGAGGUUGUUGCAUACCAGAUUCUUAAAACCUUACUGCACAAACAUCAGUACUGGCAUGAAGUUAAACCAGCUGUGCUGUUACACUGGUGCUUUUGGGACAGGACAUUUAGGACACGUUGGAGUUAAUCAGAAGACCACAGCGUGGACAUUACCGAAUGAUCACCUGAAAACACGAUUCAUUCGGUCAUAUUCACAGAUUCAAAAGUAUGUGGACGCUUUUACAUCAGCGAGAGAAAAACCGGAGCUUUUCUGGAGUGAAGCAGCGCAAGAUUUAACAUGGUUCCAAGAGUGGAAUAAAACCCUUGACUGCACUGAUAAAGUGCUCCCGAAAUGGUUUGUGGGAGGGAAGCUGAACAUGUGCUACAAUGCUGUGGAUCGACAUGUCGAGUCUGGAAGAGGAGAUCAACCAGCCAUCAUCCACGAUAGUCCUGUUACUGACACCAAACGCAUCAUCACCUACAGAGAGUUACAUCAUGAGGUAUCCAGGCUGGCAGGUGUGUUGGUGAAGCACGGCGUGAAAAAAGGUGACGUGGUGGUGAUCUACAUGCCCAUGGUUCCUCAGGCCAUGUUCACCAUGUUAGCCUGCGCUCGAAUCGGAGCUCCUCACAGCCUCAUAUUCGGCGGCUUUGCCUCCAAAGAGCUCUCCGUCCGCAUCGACCACGCUAAGCCGAAGCUGCUGGUGACGGCAUCGUUCGGGAUCGAGCCGGGUCGAAGGGUGCACUACAUCCCCUUGGUGGAGAAAGCGCUGGAGCUAAGCAGCCACAAACCUCACAAAGUCCUGAUCUACAACCGACCGGGCGUGGAGAAGGUGACCACACGGCCGGAGCUCAGUCUGGACUGGGAAGAGGAAAUGUCCAAGGCUCGUCCUCAUGACUGCGUGUCCGUUCCUGCCAACCAUCCUCUCUACAUCCUGUACACGUCAGGAACCACUGGAACACCCAAGGGGGUGGUGAGGGAUACAGGAGGAUACGCCGUCAUGUUGAACUGGACCAUGUCCAGCGUUUAUGGACUCAAGCCUGGCGAGGUCUGGUGGGCGGCGUCGGACCUCGGGUGGGUCGUCGGUCACUCCUACAUCUGCUACGCUCCUCUUCUCCAUGGCAACACCACCGUGCUCUAUGAGGGUAAACCCGUGGGGACUCCGGAUCCCGGGGCGUUUUUCCGAGUGAUGUCUGAACACGGAACGGCGGCGGUGUUCACGGCGCCGACCGCCAUCAGAGCGAUACGGCAACAAGAUCCACACACAGAGUACGGAAAAAAGUACAGACUGGACAGGUUGAGGUUUUUAUUCGUGGCGGGUGAGAGGUGUGAUUUGGAGACUCUACAGUGGGCCAAGAAGAGUUUCGGGGUUCCUGUUUUGGACCACUGGUGGCAGACGGAGAGCGGGUCUCCCAUCACGGCAUCCUGUAUUGGUUUGGGUAACUCACUGUCGCCCCCUGCUGGAACUGCUGGCAAACCUGUACCAGGAUACAACGUGACGGUGAUCGAUGAUGAAAAGCAUCCGGUGGAACCGAACACACUCGGGAACAUCGUGGUAACGUUGCCUCUUCCUCCUGGUGCUGCUCUCUCUCUGUGGCAGAACGAGGAGCUCUACAAGCGGCUCUACUUCACCAAAUUCCCCGGUUACUACGACACCAUGGACGCCGGGUUCAUGGACGAGGACGGAUUUGUUUACAUCAUGUCCAGAUCUGAUGAUGUCAUCAAUGUGGCCGGACACAGACUGUCCACGGGAGCGUUGGAGGAGUGUGUGUUGAAACACCCCGGAGUUGUGGACUGUGCAGUUGUGGGACUUGAGGACUCUCUGAAAGGACACGUCCCUCUUGCACUGUGUGUCCUCCGACAUGAUUAUGAGAAGAACACAGACACCCUCCUGAAUGAUCUGAUCAGACUGGUGAGGGAGAACAUCGGUCCUGUCGCCGCCUUCCGCAAAGUUCUGUUCGUCCGAUGUCUGCCCAAAACCCGCUCAGGAAAAAUCCCACGAUCCUCUCUGGGUAACCUGGUUAACGGCAAGCCUUAUAAGAUCACCCCCACUAUUGAGGAUCCUUCAGUGUUUAAGGACAUCGAGGAGACCGUGAGGAAACAUCUGAGUGGACGGUGAAGCCGUGAUGUCUGUAUCGGUGCUCAUUCUAAAUCAGGACCACCCGCCCCCGUCCAGGACGUUCUGUCUCCCGUAUCAGAAACUCCAGACACCAGAGCGAAUACUGGGUGCAGUUUUUACACUCUCCACUAGAGGCAGCAGAGCGUGAGGACAAAUCUUUUCCUGAUAUAAUCACAGACUGUUCGUUUUUUAUUCCAAAGUUCCCAUACUCACAGUGCCUUAUACACUUUACCGUGGUACUCUGUUACUGAGCCUCUUUGUGAUGUUUUGCAGCACUGUGGUUAAACUUUGAUCCAGUCCUCUCUUAGUAACCCAGUAUCAGCUCCAUAAUCCUCCGCUCUCUCUCCAUGGACUUUAAACCCUUCAUAAAUAUUCGAUAGCAUUAAAAUCAGGUGAUUGGUCGAUUGAUCUGAUCGGUCUAAUCUAGUACGGUUUGCAGAGAAGCAGCACCUGAUCGUGAUGCUCCCACCACCAUGCUUCACAGUUGAUUUAUUUUUCUUGGGAUUCUCCAAACGUACCCGACUAAUUAAGGAAGAUUCUGUAUUUGUUUUGAUUUGUCUCGGUGCUAAUGCCUGAAUAUUGGAUGUUAAUGUGACUAAAUUAGAGCAGUUAUGCAGUGGUGAGCGGGCCACGUGUUGUCCACAGUGAGGGAUAAAAUUGGUUCACAGUUAUUAGAAGCGAUUACUUUUUUACAUGGGUGAUAUAGGUGUUGCAUAACCAUUUUUCUUUAAUAAAAAGUGACUCUUUAAAA